CAUCGCGUCCUAUGGUGUCUACUACAGAAACUUCUUCAGAUCUUCUGAUUCCAAGGCAUUCAGUACCUUAGGUAACCUGAUGUACGUUGGUACUAACAUCAUAGAUGGACUUACCAAUGCUCUCACGAUGAGACGAGCUCAUGUCGGAGAUCGGCAAUUCCUGGAGCUCACUGUUGCUAAGGAUUUCACAGGUAUUGACGGCUUUUCCCCGAUAUACAUAGGGAGAGGGAUUAUCGUAUCAUCAAUCACUGCUUGGCCGGUGCCCCACGAUGCUCCAUACAAACACCAACUAGACCGCGGUAUUAUGGCAAUAGCAGAGGCUGGGUUGUACGAGCAGUGGAGGAAAGAAAUGCUGGAGAACACCAUGAGGGAUACACGUUUGAAAAAGAGAGAAGAACUGAGGAUUGACAAAGACCUAGGAGUUAAGACUGCAAUUGAGUCUCAUGAAGCAACAGAUGUUUUGCCGCUCACGGUGUCGCACAUACAAGGUCCCCUCAUUAUCCUUUUGACUGGACUCUUUUCUGGGGCAAUGAUCUUCAUGACAGAGAAGAUAUCAGCUUAAGUUUAAUCCCCAAAACAAUAUGAUAAUAUCUACAAACCAAUUUAUUCAUUCUGACUUUCUUAUUAACUGUCAACUAAUUAUGGCCUACAUAAUAACUAUAAACUAUUUUAAGAUCAGACAGUGUAUAUAUGGUAUGUUAAUUGUACCAUUUGAUUUGUCCUACAAAAAGAUGAAAAUUAAAUA